GCAAACCAACCAGAGUUUAUAUGGCCCGAUGAUACCACUGAGGAAAUACAACAGGCUGUCCAGCAGGCUUUCAGAGACGCUGUGACCCUGGCUAGAGUUGCAGCAGCCACAUUUGACCAUUGUGAGGAUGUUUUCCUACGAUAUUUCAAGCAGAUUGAUGGUGUAUUCGUCCAAAAUGUGUUCAAAACGGUCGCAAACAUGCCUCUCACAGCUAAGAUUGAUGAUGGCACCGUUAUCGAUAUCCUUUCAAGCGCCGAUGUCCACGAGAUGUCGCCACUAUUCAACCACCUUGUCCUCAGCGUGGGAAACCAUCCCGAUUUACCCAGCACCAAAAAACUCUGCGGAAAGUCGGAAAAUGGGAUGACCCCAUUGGCGUUCACCUUUUUGAGCCAUGCUCUCGGCGACUGGGCGUGGAUCUCUCUGUGUGAAGACGUCUGGCAAUACCCAAGCCUCGAACAAAUAUACGACCCAGGUGAGGCAAGAAAGGGUAAGCAAGGCUGGGGCUGCGAUGGCUUGGGCGAUCACGACUCGGAGUUAAUGACAACGAUUGGUGGUGUGCUGUUGCACGAGCUUAUGCACUGGACCAGUUUGCUCGAAAAUGUCCCGAAUUUCGAUGAUCUGAUAGAGGAGGGUGAAAUUGGCUUCCCACAGAUUGGAGAUUUCCCCGGACCAGAUCCCCCGGAUGGAUAUGGCACAUUCCACGCCAAGCAGCUCAAGUCGGUUGAAAAUGCGGACAACUAUCGAUGUUAUGCUGAAUCGAAGUACUGGCAGUACAAAUGUGGGCACACGUUCAAGGAGUCAAUGAAUUUGGCGGAUGACCUGGCAAGAACUGGUACCAGAUUUGAACCUGCACCGCCAGAA